GUGGGGUGGCGGGGGGGGGGUCUCGAACGUUCAGGAUUUACGCACUGCAUGCGGAUUGCUCUAGUUUAUUAUUGCGUGGCGUCGUGGGGGGGGGGGGAGAGAGAGAGGAGAGCGCACGGAUUUGGGUAAUGGAGCGUUUUCUGUAGGCAGCGGCUCUCCCGUCUUUCUAAAGCCAAGUGCCAAAAGAAGCUGUUAAGAUGAACGAGGGCAACCGCGAUAUUGUGGAAAAGUACAUCUGCCAUAAACUCUCCAAACGGGGCUACGUGUGGGAAUUUGACGACGCCGGGGAGGGGGGCGCCGCCAACUACGGCUCGGCCGUGUCCCCUCCGUCGGCUCCGGUCCGGCGGUGCCGCGGAGCCGACGGCGGCGGCGGCGGGCCGGUGAGCGUCAGCCGCCCCGGCUCCGGCCGGCUCCUGCAGCCGGACCCGCACGCCGCCGUGCACAGGGUGCUGCGCGACGCCGGGGACGAGCUGGAGAGACUGUACCAGCCGGACUUCACGGAGAUGUCCCACCAGCUGUACCUGACGUCCGCCGCGGCGCGCCGCAGGUUCACCGAGGUGGUGGACGAGCUGUUCAGGGACGGGGUGAACUGGGGCCGGAUUAUCGCCUUCUUCGAGUUCGGGGGCACCGUGUGCGCGGAGUGCGCGGACAAGGAGCUGCCGUCGCAGGUGGAGCACAUCGCCGACUGGAUGACGGAGUAUUUGAACGGCCCCCUGAGCGGCUGGAUCCACGACAACGGGGGAUGGGAUGCCUUCGUGGAGCUGUACGACAGACAGAGGGAGUCGGUCUUCAGUUGCUCCUGGCCCUCCAUCAAGACGGUCUUCGGCCUGGCUGCUCUGGGGGCGGCCAGCCUCACCAUCGGGGCGUACCUUACACAGAAGUAAGCUGGACCUCUUUCCACCUCCUCAGACCGCGCUCCUCCCCCUCCCUCCUGCGCUCCUCACCUCCCCCCCGGGUCUCCUUUCAAAGACGCCCCGCCUCCUCGGAGACGCCCCUCAGGACUACAUCCCAAAGCCGCCUCUGUUCAGGGGGCCGCUCUCACACCCCCUCCCUCCUCCUCACCCAUUCCCGUUUGAAAAACGGAGCGAGAGACACCCAUCCAGUCGAAACAAUAGAAGGAAACAGAUUGGGACGCCCGCGCCGAGCGGCGCGUCCCACGAAAAGACGCAGUUCAAGUGCAAAGCUCACCCAAAACGUGAGAGCAGGAAGUUGAAGGAAAUAGAAAAAUAAGUAAGUAUGGGGACACGGCACGUGUCUUGUUUUUGUUAUGCCUGCUUCACUACUAGUCAUAGCAUGAACCGUGAGUGUGUAGUUUAGACGUUGCAUGUGUCUGUGUGGCUGAAGGAGGCCAGUGCAGGACCACCACCACCACCACCACCACCACCACCACCAUGCUGGCGGAGAUGAUAGCGGCCGGCGUUUUUAAAGGACAAUGCUGAGCCGUAGCGGGGGAGGAAAGGGCCGCGGCUCCGCCCCUGCUCGUCAGGGUCCAAGAACCCCCCCGUUUGAACUGUGGACUCCGGUUACCCGCCCCUGCAGCCGUCCUUCAAAGAACUUCCUCUGCACAACAGCUGCACAGAAUGUGUAAUGGCAGCAGCUUGCUUCAACCAGUACCGUGUGUGUGUGUGUGUGUGUGUGUGUGUGUCUGUGUGUGUGUGUGUGUGUUAACUGUUUUCCCUGCUCAAACACCGAGAGCUCCCAGUGAGCGGGGACCACACAGAGCACCACUGAAACAGUCCGCGGCCCUCGGCGGAGACGGCGCGAGGGCGGCGGCGGAGCGAGGGCGGCGGCGGAGCGAGCUCCAUGACCGGGCUCACUUUGCAGACUCGCCAAAGCGCCUCGAGCGUUGCAUCACUCGGGUUUGUGUUUGCUUUUCGUAGCGGCACGCCAAACCAGGGGGACCUGCCAGGAUUUCAGGCCGCAGAGGCUUUGACCCCGAGAGGGGGGAAGUGGAACUUGGUGGAAGGAGGGAAGUGCGUGGCAGGUGUGGAGACUAGAAUCCUCCUGUCACUAGAAGAGACUCGGGGAAACCCGGUGAACUGUGGCGAGGAAGAAAACGAAAGCACAGACGUAAGUGAGCGAGUAAGGAAGGGAUAAAGAUAAAGUCGUGUCGUCAGCGUAGAAAGACAGAGAGCGGGGGUCCGGGCACCAAAACUGGACCAGCCUUCGCCUCACCUUAAUAUAAACUGAAAUUCGUCACCUGGAAAGGAGGGAUAGCCCCGUAUCUCCUUCUCUUGUUUUUUCUUUUUUUUUAACCACCAUUGCCAUUUUUCACUCUCUCUCCUUUCUGUCGUUCUCGUGUGACUUGGUUCAGCCUCUCACGCCGCUUUCAAAAUCCUCACCCAUGUGUCCUGCAGCUGCUGCUGUGGGCCCCGGCCGGACGGGGACAAAGGGGCAAGGCAGCCUGCUGGCAACGCUUAAGAGUCCGUUCUGACGCGAGACCUUGUCGGGACGUGCUGGCUGCAGAUCAGCAUGAACACCGAGCCGCCGGGGUCCAGCAGCGCUGCCUGGUGUGUUGCAGCGCCGGGACGGCCCUCUCCCCCCCGGCCGCCAUGCAGCGCUGCCUGGUGUGUUGCAGCGCCGGGACGGCCCUCUCCCCCCGGCCGCCAUGCAGCGCUGCCUGGUGUGUUGCAGCGCCGGGACGGCCCUCUCCCCCCCCGGCCGCCAUGCAGCGCUGCGGAGGCGGCAGGGAUCCCUCGCAGGCCGUCCGAGCGACGCUAAGCCUGCUCUGUAGUCUGGCAGCAGGUUCAGCUUAGGCUGCCAUACACGUUUUAUUGUACACUUACAGAGACUGUUGUUGUUUUUUUUUCUCUCCUCUUUGUCUCAUUGAGAGUUAUGAUCCCAUUAUCCUCGCAUUGGUGGACGAUGUCUCGACACAACGAGUUCCCACAGUGUUGUACAUACGACCGGAUCGGGCGGAAGAUGUUAACAACAGAAUCACAUUUUUCUAUUUAUUGAGAGGUACCAGAUCGCAGAUUUGUAACAAUGCUACGAUGGAAAAAACAAAACAAAACAAGAAUUGUUUGUAACUUUUCUAUUAUCCAUUGAAUCACACUGUAACUACAUCAUUUUCUAGCUGCUAUCAUAAUCUAGAAAACCUAAAAACACGGUUAAAAAAAAAAAGAAGUGAAUUUCUCUGUUGUAUUCAUCCCGGCUUAAGGCUGCUACACUACUUUUACCCCACUACAGCUUCGACUGCCACCGAGUUACAUUCUAGUUACAUUCUAGUUACAUUCUAGUUACAGUUACAUUAUCGUUACCUGACAGCCCUGCAGAGCUGCGAACCAAAGUUAACCUGUAUUAAUCUCUUUGAUAUGAAGAUGUAGCUUCGACGGCUAACACACCGCUUCCUCUCAGCCUCACGAGAGCCUCUGGAACCCCGUAGCCCACCUAUAGCCCACCUAUAGCCCACCUGUAGCCCACCCGACGGGGUGGUCUUCUAGAAAAUACUGACCUGCUUCACGUUACUGUGCUAUGUAAACUUUAAUGUUUGUCAGUGUGAUGCAGAGGACUCGCGUGUGUGUGUGUGUGUGUGUGUGUGUAACGUAGACCCACCAGGCAGAACCCGGUCUGUCUGUCUGUCUGUCUGUCCGUCUGUCUGUCCGUCUGUCCGUCUGUCUGUCUGUCUGUCUGUCUGUCUGUAGUCAUCAUGGGACAGGCCUCCGGUUGAGCGGCACGCCGUGCUGAGUGUGUGUGUGUGUGUGUGUGUGUGUGUGUGUGUGUGUGAGUGUGUACAGAAGAGACAAGAGGUGGACUUGUGAAGGGGAAUUACAUAUCUCAUAUACUCUGUGCAUACAUGAAUGUAGGCACUAUAGUUGCUGUACUGUUUUAUGUCUAUAAUCUCAAACCUGUAGCACUUAAAAGAAGUGAGUUGUGUUUCUGUUGUUUACUGCUAUAUCCACGAUAAGCUAGCGGGAUCAUACUGUUCCUAAUAAACCAGAUUUCU